UCUGCUCUUUAUCUAUACUGACCCUCAUCUCCGCUAUCCCACGCGUUACCUAUAUGUCAACACAAUUCCAGGGAAAUUACUCGCGCGUCAAACUAAAGUAUUAAAAUCUACUUUGUCUCAACAAUAAAUUAUUUAUUUGGUAGGCCAAUAAUUCCUAUUUGGAGUGUCUGUUUUUUUAACCAAUCAUAAUGGUCCUGGAGGGUGUUGCAAGUUGGUGUAAAAUUACAGCAGGAUGGUGAUCAAAUGAUCAAAUCUUAACUUCUGGGAAAGAAUCAAGUACUCUUUAUACAGACAAGUCAGACAUGGAAAAUUGCUUAAAACUGAUUCCUCGUAAUUGUUACAAUACCCACAGUUCAGUAGUUCUUGCUUUGUUUGUAGCAACUGGUGUUGUUCUAAUUGCAAUCGCGAGUGAUUACGAGUCGAAAUCAAGUCUAGAAUGUGACCUCACCAGCUCUUUAUUCAAGGGGAAGUACAUUGAAACACAAUGUCGUCUUCAAUAUGCCGAAGAAUUCCUCCCUUCGUUAUCUCUCAAUGUCCAGAUUGUGAUAAGUUUUGGACUUGUCGUUGUGUUGAGCGUUGUUUACGGUUACCUGGUGAAACAUAGAGUCGACAUCUUCGCAAAUAAUCCAAACACAACGACGAACGAGGGCGUAGAAGAAAGCCAGCCACUACCGUCUGAAGCAUCGCCAGCCGCACGGGAAGUCUAUCGAGGUAGUAAUCGUUAUUUUGUAUUUAUGGCUUAUAUAAGCCAUUUGAUCGUUUGUCGUAUAAUACCACUGACAGUAUUCUCAGCAUUUCUCUUAACCUCGUCCAAUUUUCCGACCCAUUUUGAAUGUCCUUUGCCCAAUAUGAAAACAACAACUAGUACUUCCCAUGAGAACGUCACACGGUCAACUACGAAUUCUUCAUUUGUGGACUGCACUUAUUCAAUGGCUGGGAAGAAACAACAAGUUGUUGUCGGCUUUAUCACGAUAAAUUUUCUCGUUGAUGCAGUGACACUCGUUGAGAUUGUUUAUCUGUUGUGGUCGGCAUUGAAGAGACCAACUUUCCAUACUGAUCAGGAGUUCAUUAGCGUGUACCUUUUACGAAAACGAACCAAAACUAUCCUAGAAAUAAACGAAAUAAUUCGAUCAAACCAAUCUGAAAAUUUAUUUUACCUGCUUGGGGACUUUGGAGGGAAACGUUUGUCACGUAGAAAACUGGAGGAGAUCUAUAUCAAUCUUAUGAUUCAAGAUGGAAGGGAAACAACCUAUAAUUCCAGGAGAAGAUAUAAAGAUAGACAUGAUAUUUAUGAAGCUCGUUUAGAAAAACUCCCUGAUGCAAAAGUACUUGAGAGUACAGCAGAGUUAUUUCAAGCAGCAGAAGCUUGUAAGAAACAACCUAGAACUGUUCUUGUAGUAGGCAGACCAGGCAUAGGGAAAAGUCUACUGACAAAAAAAAUAUUUCAUGAGUAUCAAAAACACAUAGAAAGAUUCUGGUAUGGAAAAAUUGUACUAUUGAUUCAAUUACGUGAUUUUAACAAGGGAGAAACAAGUCUUAAAGAAAUAUUUAGUCAGACUCUAGGUUCUGUUAUGCCAUCAGCUCAUUGCAACAUGACCAUCUACGAGUAUAUUUGCACAAACCCAAGUGGUAAUGUCAUUCUUGUUUUUGAUGGCUUAGAUGAACUUAAAGUUGACAAAACGUUUUUAACUGAUGAGAAGAUCAUAACCAGCCCAGACAAAAUGUGUCAUAUGUUUCUUAUCCUUAAACAGCUGGUGGAAGGCAAACUAUUGCCUGGAGCCACUAUGUUAAUCACUUCUCGACCUACAGCAGAAGAUAUUUAUCAGUGUCUAAAGUUUGAUCGGGAAGUGGAGAUACUGGGUUUUAAUGAGGAACAAAUAGAAAAGUAUGUUAAAAUGUUUUGCCAUGAUGACAGGAAAAGUUCAGAGAUGUGGCAAGUAAUCAAGAGUUCACCAGAACUAUUAAGCUUCUGUUACAUACCUGUCAAUUCCUAUAUAGUGUGCUUGACAUUAUAUGAGAGCAUUGAUUUUGGUCAACAUGUGAAGGAUGAAAGCUACAGCAAGAUUCCUAAAACAAUGACUGAAAUGUACAAAAGAGCUAUAAAGAUUUUGCUGUUCAAACACAAUUCAAAAUACAGGAAUGAACAACCCUCAAAGGAUUACUUGACUGCAGAACUUCCACAGCUGCUUCAAGAAGACCUUGACAGGUUGAAAGGAAUUGCAAGGAAUGGAAUGGAAAAAGAUCAGUUAGUUUUUGAGUUUAAAAGCAGCGAUAAAUCUGUGGCUGGCUUAUCAGAUUCUGGUGUAUUCAAUCAGUUGGAAGACAAAAAUCAUCAUAUUUUCUCUUUUCUUCAUCUUACAAUUCAAGAGUUUCUAGCUGCGCUACAUGUGGUUGAUGAUAUUAAAAAUAUUGAAUCAUUUUUGGAAAAGCACCUCAAUAAUCCCAGGUGGCAUUUGGUGAUUCAGUUUGUAGCUGGGUUACUUGGAGAUAAAAUUAAAGAGUUAAGUUCAGCAGAGCAUGAAGACAGUGAAGUGAUCGAAAGUAUAUGCAAAAGUACAGUUUCCUAG